UGUAGUUCAGACAAGUGACCUGGCUCACGCAGGUGUAAAAUCCUGUGUUCACCCCAGUAGUGUUCACACUGUUGACAAUGAUGAGGGGGCCGACAGCAUUGGCAGCGCUGUUUCUGGCCGUUGUUGCAAAGGAGACGUUCGAGAGACAUCAGGUUCUUCGAAUCAUUCCAAAGGAUGACGUCCAGCUGUCUCUCAUCAAGGAGCUGGAGGACAUGAUCCACUUUGAGCUGGACUUCUGGAGAGAGUUGAGUGGUGUGAACACUCCUGUGGACGUCAGAGUUCCCUUUCACAGCCUGCAGUCUGUCAAGAUUUACCUGGAGACACAGGGCAUUGAGUACUCCGUCAUGAUUGAAGACCUGCAGAUGAUGCUGGAUGAGGAGCAGAAGGAGAUGAUGUCUGCUGCUCAUGCCCCCAAACCCAGAAACACUGACAGCUUUGACUACGCUAAUUACCACACCAUCAGUGAGAUCUACAGUUUCCAGGACAUGCUGGUGGCUGAGAAUCCCAACUUGGUCAGCAAAACUGUGAUUGGUCAGAGCUUCGAGGGCCGUCCCCUGAAUGUGCUCAAGUUCAGCACUGGUGGAACCAACCGUCCCGCCAUCUGGAUUGAUACUGGAAUCCACUCCAGAGAGUGGGUCACUCAGGCCAGCGGCACCUGGUUUGCCAAGAAGAUUGUGACUGAUCAUAGACGUGACCCUUCUCUCACUGCCAUCCUGGACAAUAUGGACAUCUUCCUGGAGACUGUGACCAACCCUGAUGGAUACAGUUACACCCACUCCACUAACCGUCUGUGGCGUAAGACCAGGAAGCCCAACCCAGGCUCCAGAUGUGUGGGAGUCGAUCCCAACAGGAACUGGGAUGCAGGUUUUGGAGGACCUGGUGCGAGCAAUGACCCCUGUUCACAGAUCUACCGUGGACCCAGAGCUGAGUCUGAGUCUGAAGUCAAGUCCAUUGUGGACUUUGUGAAGUCUCAUGGCAACAUCAAGGCCUUCAUCUCCAUCCAUUCAUACUCUCAGCUGCUACUCUACCCCUACGGCUACACCAGGACUCCUGUCAGGGACAGACCUGAGCUGGACAGAUUGGCUAGAAAGGCCACCACUGACCUGGCCUCACUGUAUGGUACUCGCUACACAUUUGGCAGCAUCAUAAACACCAUCUACCAAGCUAGCGGUGGCUCAAUUGACUGGGCCUACAACCAGGGAAUCAAAUUCUCCUACACAUUUGAGCUGAGGGACACCGGACGCUUCGGCUUCAUGCUGCCUGCCAAUCAGAUCAUCCCCACUGCCCAGGAGACCUGGCUGGCUCUGAUGACCAUCAUGGAUUACACCCUCAAGAACCCAUACUAAUGUGUGUGUAUGUGAAAGUGGAAAUCCCUGUUGAAAAAUUUCAGUUUUGAAAAGUGUCAUCUUUAUCUCUCAAACUAUCUUCACCAUCAGUGACUCUUCCAACAUAUUGGAAACCACAAACAAAUAAAUAAGCAUGCUGAAAAAAGUCA